AUGAACAAACCUGGUCCUUCAAGGAAACUUUCACACCUUGAUGAAUUUCUUCUUCUUUUAAUGAGACUGAAGGCAGGACUAUUUGUCCAAGAUCUUGAAGAUAGAUUUGGAAUCAGCAUCAGCCUUGUGUCACACAUUUGCAUCACAUGGAUAAAUUUGCUUUAUUUAGAACUAAAUGACAUAUUUCCUUUCCCAUCUCAGGAACUUGUGCGCAAAAACAUGCCUCAGGAGUUUGCUGAAUACCCCACGACAAGAAUUAUUUGGGAUUGUAGCAAAAUAUUUAUUCAACGGCCAUCUGCGAUGCUUGUGCAAUCUGAAACAUGGUCAGAGUACAAACACCAUAACACUUGGAAAGUGUUAGUUGGAAUUACCCCAAAUGGUCAGGUAUCUUACCUGUCACACUUGUGGGGUGGGAGGGUAUCUGACAAGCAAAUUACUCGGGAGAGUGGUGUUCUGGACUUGUUGGAUGCAGGGGACAAUGUAAUGGUUGACCGAGGUUUUGACAUUUCAAACAUUGUGCCUGAUGGUGUCACUGUUAACAUGCCACCCUUUUUGGCUGGAAGGGACCAAAUGACUGCGGCCAAGACAGAGGAAACCACGAGUAUUGCUUCUGUCUGCAUACACGUCGAACGUGCAAUUGGGAGAAUGAAAACAUACCACAUAUUAGAUGGCACACUUCCGAACACAUUAAGCCCAUAUGCUAUGCAGAUAGUCACAGUUUGUGGUUUAUUGACAAACUUCCUUCCUCCAUUAUUAAAACCUGCUGACCCUUAG